AUGAACCCUGUCAGAAAGACCACCAGACUGUUUCAGCAGUACCACUUACUGGAAGACCUUUUGGGAGUGGCAGUCACUAUCAAGCAGUGCAGGAUGGAGAGCUUUGAUGAUUGGAUGGUUGUGGAUGUUAAAGAAGCACUACAAAACAACGAUCAGUCGCUAGCUGCUGAAAACAUCCAGAGGUAUUUCGACGGAUGUAAUAAUACUCCACUAAACAUUGCUAUCACCGGAGAGUCUGGUGCUGGAAAAUCCACCUUUGUGAAUGCCUUCAGAAGUAUAGACAACAAGGAUGAGAGAGCUGCCCCUACUGGUGUUGUAGAGACCACCAUAGAGCUUACAUCUUAUCCCCAUCCAAACUAUCCCAGUGUCACAUUAUGGGAUCUCCCUGGUAUUGGCACCACCAGUUUUCCUGCUGACAAAUACCUGGAGCAUGUUGGAUUUGAGAAGUUUGACUUCUUCAUCAUCAUCUCUGACACUCGCUUCAGAGAAAAUGAUGUGAAGCUCGCUCAGGAGAUUCAGAAGAUGGGGAAAAAAUUCUACUUUGUUCGCUCAAAGAUUGACAACGAUGUACGCAGUGUGAAAAGAAGUCAGAGAGAGUUCAAUGAGGAAACAACUCUGGCACAAAUCAGGGAAUACUGCAUUAAAGGUCUUCAAAAACAAGGUUUUGAGUCUCCACAGGUCUUCCUGGUGUCCAGCUUUGAUCUCCACCUGUAUGAUUUCUAUCUACUAGAGGAGAACUUAGAGAGAGAGCUUCCUGCCCAUAAGAGGGAUGUUCUGCUGUUGUCUUUGCCCAAUGUCAGCCUGGAGAUCAUCAACAAGAAGAAAGAGGCUUUACAGGCCAAAAUAAAAUAUUAUGCCACGCUAUCUGCAGUUGUAGGAGCUGUACCAGUUCCUGGGAUGUCUUCUGCUGUUGACAUAGGCAUGAUAGUUGGUGUUGUUACACAAUACAAAGUUGUGUUUGGUCUUGAUAUCCCAUCACUGGAGAGACUUGCUCAAACCACAGGAGUGCCAUUAGAUGAUCUGAGGGCUGUCAUGAUUUCACCACUGGCUGCAAAAAAAAUUACCGCUGAUCUUGUCAUGAAGCUGUUAUCACAGUGUAUAACCACAGCCUCAUUAAUGGCAGUAGAGGAAUGGUCCAGAUUCAUUCCAAUAUUUGGAAUCCCAGCAGCAAUGUGCAUUUCUUUUGCCUGUACAUACAAAAUUCUGAAUACUUUCCUCAACAUGCUCGCCAUCGAUGCACAGAGAGUGUUCACAAAGGCCCUGGGUCUCGACACAGCAGUGUGA